AAGUUUUCUGUCAAGAUGAGCGUGGUAUGCACGCGAUGACGAUGAUGCAACAUGAUGAGGGGAUGGGAUAAAAGGCUAUAGGAAAAUCUGGACUCUUGAAAAAUAUCGUUCAUCAAACCUCUCUCUCGCGUGAUAAAACAUGACGGAGUCCAGUGACGCCGGAGCUUCCAUGGCUAGUAAGAUCGGAAACUUACGGCUGGCCAGUGACAUCGAUAUUAAUGACCACAUCGACCUCUCUGGGAAACCCUGCAGGGUUAUUGAUCUCUACACGAAGAGAGGCCUUUGUCACUUACACACCAUAAAUAUAUUAACUGGCUACUUCGUGCGGAGAAUUGUUCCCAUUUCCACAGAGUUUGUUAUUCCAGAUGUGAGCCGUGAUCUUUACCAGUUGACUGGUAUCUCCUACAAGGAUGAUUCUGUCUGUCUUCUUACUCACUCACUCAUGUCAAUCCGCUUCUUCUUUUUUUUGUCUUCCAACUUGAUUCCCUGCCCAUUUCAGGUUACCCUUCUGCAUCACAGCGGCGCCUACACUAGGGAUGAUAUCUUUCUUCCCGAGAACGAGAACCUCAGGACCAUGAUGGUUGAUGGAUUCAACGAUGAUAAGAGGGUUAUUGUGGGUAUCGUGACUUCAUUGGGGCAGGAUGCCGUCUAUGCCGUCGAUGUCUACCAGACCGGUUCAGCAAAUGACAUUGAUUUUGUGGCCAAAAAUGUUGGCUUCUAAGAAUGAAGUAGGCCCUAAUUGUCUUGCCAUGGGCACUGUGCCAGACAUUUACUGAUAAUAAAUCUUUGGUUAUCUCAGUAUUGUAACAACAACACUAAAAAGAAAAAAAACCUUUAUGUAGUUGCUUGUGUGUUGUUGUUUUAUUUCUCUUAUAAAAAGAUAUUUUAUUA